AUGGUACGCUGGUUGUUGCUCACAAUUUUGGUGAUUUCGGCAUUUGCCGACGAAACGACGACGACGAGCGCCUCGCCAUCGACGUCUACAGAAGCCUCGUCCACUAGCGCUUCGACAACGACAACAGAAUCAACGACGACAAUCGGCGAUGAGGUGAGAGAGGGACCAGCGAAACGCAACGAGUCGCUAGCGGUGAGUCGCGCCAAACGCCAAUGUUGUUUCGCCGCGCAGAACUCGUGUUGUGCUCCGCAAGUUCAGAAUCAGUGCAAUUGUGCCGCUCUUCAGAUUCAGGUACAACAAUGUGAUUGUGCCAAUAUGCUCGCCACCCAAUGCGGUUGUCCAGCUCCAUCGAAUCCAUCGUGCAAUUGCGGGACCCUUCAGGCUCAGUACUCAUCUUGUGGAUGCGGUGCCCUCAGCUACCAGGUCUCGUGCAACCAGUGCCAACAGCAAAACUCGCAACCACAGAUUAUUGUUGUUCAACAGCCACAACAACAGCAAUGCGCUCCUCAAUGCAUGCCCGCCUGUCAGCCAUCGUGUGUCCAGCAGUCUUGCGCCCCGGCCUGUCAACCGAUGUGCGCUCCACAAUGUGUUCAGCAGCAACAACAACAAAUCAUUGUUGUACAACAGCCACAACAACAAUGCGCCUCGCAAUGCAUGCCAGCCUGUCAGCCAUCGUGCAUCCAGCAAGCUUGCGCCCCAGCUUGCCAGCCGAUGUGCUCCAGUCAAUGCGUUGAACAACAACAGCAACAGAUCAUUGUCGUGCAGGCUCCACAGCAGCAGCAAUGCCAAUCCUCGUGCAUGCCGGCUUGCCUUCCAAGCUGCACAAACGGAUGCAGCGGAAGCAACUGCAACAACCAGCAGCCACAGGUGAUCGUUGUCCAGCAGCAACAGCCGCAACAACAGUGCGCUUCGUCGUGCAUGCCAGCUUGCCAGCCGUCUUGCAUCCAGCAGGCGUGUGCCCCGGCCUGUCAGCCAAUGUGUUCAUCGCAGUGCGUCGAGCAGCAGGCUCAGCAGAUCGUCGUCGUUCAGCAACCACAGCAGCAAUGCGUUUCCUCGUGUAUGCCAUCCUGCCAGCCAUCGUGUGUCCAACAGGCUUGCGCUCCGGCUUGUCAGCCAAUGUGCUCCAGCCAGUGUGUCGAACAGCAGGCCCAGCAAAUUGUUGUCAUCCAGCAGCAGCCCCAACAGAACCAGUGCGCAUCCGUCUGCCAGCCGGAAUGCACGCCACAGUGCGUUCAGCAGCAAGUGAUUUGUUCGGCCGCCUGUCAGCCGUCCUGCCAGAGCUCGUGCAGCUCCAACGCCCAGUGCGUCCAGUCCUGCUUGCCAAGCUGCGAGCAAUCCUGUGUUCAGCAGCAGCAAGUGAUCGUUGUCCAGGAUGCUCAGCCAGCCUGUCCAGCUCCAUGCCAGCCGGCGUGUACUCCACAAUGUGUGCAGACUCAAGCGAUCUGUUUGUCGGCCUGUCAGCCAUCCUGCCAAUCUUCGUGCGGAGGAAAUGACCAGUGCAUUCAGACCUGCGUCCCAAGCUGCCAGCAAUCUUGUGGACAGCAAACUCAAUCGCAGCCAGUGAUUGUCAUCCAGCAGCAACAACCACAACAGCAAUGCGUUCCAGCGUGCCAGCCACAAUGCACUCCACAGUGCGUUCAACAGCAGCAGAUGUGCAUUCAGACUUGCGAGCCACAGUGCCAGCAAACCUGCGGAUCAAACAAUCAGUGUCAAUCGGCAUGCCAGAACAGCUGCCAGCAGAGCUGCGGACAGCAGCAAGUGAUUGUCGUUCAAGCCAGCCCAAUGUGCGGACAAGCGUGCCAAGCUCAACCAGUCCUUCAAUGUGCUCCACAAUGCCAACCAUCGUGUCAGCCAUCAUGCACGGCUCAAUUCCAGAUGAUCCAGCCACCGGCGAUCACAAUGUGCCAGCAAGUCGGCGGCUCGUGCGGUUGCGGUUCAGGCUAUUCGCAAUGCAUGCAAGGCGUGUGUUGUCUACGCAAAAGGCAUCGACUGGCCAAAAACAAGUUGUAA